AUGAUUCUGACAGCGACUAGUGUCACGAUGCUGACAGGCUUCUCCUUUUUCCUCGUCGUCAUAAACAUGCCUCUGCGCUUUCAGAUCGUCAACCAGAAAAGCCCAUCUGGAGCAGGUCUCAGCAUGCUGCCAUUACUUUCAGAAUCUGGACUCGGAUCUUUCACGAGCAGUUUCUUUCUACGACAAAGAAAUCUCACAUUUCAAUGCCUUGUUUUCGCUUCUGGACUUGUACUGCUUGGGUGCGGCCUGAUGACCACCUUAUCCGAUCAAAUUGCAAUAGAGCUGAAGUGCUAUGCCUAUCAAGUGAUUCUUGCUUUGGGCGUCGGCAUGAUCAUGUCAGCCACAAAUUCGCUGUCAGUUCAAUGUAUUGACACUCUCCAGCCGUCGCGCAAGGUAUUAUCGCCCAAGCACGCAUGCUCGGAGGAAGCAUCGGUGUCGCUGCUGCAAACGCGAUAUUCAAACAACCUUCAAGGUGUCUUGUCACCUUAUGAAAUCAAUGCUUUGCAGGUAUCCACUUCGAUUCUGGACUCACUAAGCCCGACUGAAUUGCAAUCCGUCAGGGCCGCAUUUUCCACUGCAUAUGAUCAGUCUUUGAAGGUCUGUGUUUGUGUGCAAGCAUUUGCGCUAUUGGCUGUAUUUUGCGGAACGCAAAAGAAGCCUAUCGCAUUGAGAGCUUAA